CUGAAGUACAUAGCUGGUGCGGUGAGUCAGAUUCUCUGGCUCAGGAAGCUGCUGUGCCUCCUUCCUGGGUCAUUCCUAUUCUGCCCGUCUCCAGCCUGUAACCUGACUGGUUUCUGGGGUCACUGCCCCUGACAACAAAAAAUUCAUGGAUGACAUGGCUUCUUCUGCACCUGGUCCGGUCCAGGUAGUGUUAGUACAAAAGGAUGACCAUUCCUUCCAGCUGGAUGAAGAAGCUCUGGCAUCUGUACUACUUCAGGAUCAUAUUCGUGAUCUGGAUGUUGUCGUUGUGUCAGUAGCAGGUGCUUUCCGCAAAGGGAAAUCAUUCUUGUUGGACUUCAUGCUGAGAUAUGUCUACAGCCAGAAAGAAGGUGGAGAACAAAGCUGGCUGGGUGGUGAAGAUGAGCCUCUUACUGGCUUCUCCUGGAAGGGGGGUUCUGAGCCAGACACCACAGGCAUCCAGAUCUGGAGUGAGGUCUUCACUAUGAAUAAACCUGAUGGCAAGAAGGUGGCUGUAGUACUAAUGGACACACAGGGGGCAUUUGACAGUCAAUCAACUGUAAAGGACUGUGCCACAAUAUUUGCUUUGAGCACCAUGACCAGCUCAAUUCAGAUCUACAAUUUAUCCCAGAAUAUACAGGAGGAUGAUCUACAGCAGCUACAGCUUUUUACCGAGUACGGACGUUUGGCCAUGGAUGAAAUCUUCCUGAAGCCUUUUCAGACUCUGAUGUUUUUGGUUAGAGACUGGAGCUUCCCGUAUGAAUACCAUUAUGGAACAGAAGGAGGAAUGAAGUUCUUAGAAAAGAGAUUAAAAGUGAAAGAACAUCAACAUGAAGAAAUACAAAAUGUGCGAAAACACAUUCAUUCAUGUUUCACUGCUGUUAACUGCUUUCUGCUUCCACACCCGGGACUGAAGGUGGCAACCAGCCCACAGUUUGAUGGUCGUCUGAAAGACAUUGCACCUGAGUUUACGGAGCAGCUCCGAGAUCUGAUUCCUCUUGUUUUGAGCUCUGAAUGCCUAAUGGAGAAAGAAAUUAAUGGUUCAAAGGUGACCUGCAGGGGCCUCUUGGAAUAUUUCAAGGCCUACAUCAAAAUAUAUCAAGGUGAAGAUUUACCUCACCCCAAGUCUAUGCUGCAGGCCACUGCAGAAGCAAACAACUUGGCUGCUGUAGCAUCUGCUAAAGAUUUGUACAACAACAGCAUGGAAAAGACCUGUGGAGGUGAAAAGCCCUAUGUUUCCCCUGAUGUUCUACGAGAGCGCCAUGCUGUCUGCAGUCAGGAGGCUCUUGCCCACUUUGACCGGGCCAAAAAGAUGGGAGGCACAGAAUUCAGCAGACAGUACCGAGAGGAGCUGGAGAAGGAUAUUGAUGAUAUGUACACGGCUUUCUGUAAACACAAUGAGAGCAAGAAUAUCUUUACUGCAUUCCGCACCCCUGCUGUGCUUCUGGCCCUUGUGGCUGCCUUAUACAUGGCCUCUGGAGUGACAGGCUUUGUAGGGCUGGGGGUAUUGGCACAGCUGUUUAAUUGUGCUGUGGGUCUACUGCUCAUUGCGCUUCUCACUUGGGGCUACAUUAAAUAUUCAGGACAGUACAGAGAUCUUGGUGGAGUCAUAGAUUCUACUGCAGAGUAUGUUCUGGAACAGGCCACCAACCGGAUGGGGAACUCUACCCGGCGUUUUGCAGAAUCCGCUAUUGGUGCCCCUCCUGAGAGGAAGAAACAGUAACAAGGACUGAGUUAGUGGGUGAGGAAAGUUCACCUUUGUCUCCUGCACCCAUUCCUGCUUGAAUGCACAGGUAUCGCCAGCGAUCCACCUCACCACUGGACCUGCUCUUUCCUUGCCUUGAAUUCACCAAAUCAAAUAUAUGCUGCAUGCAACCUUGUAAAAGAUUUACAUUCCCAGUUCUCUGACCUGAGGAUGCAGAGGAUAUAUAAUAUAAUGACUUGCAUACUCUACACCUUAGUGUUGCACAAAACUAAUGGUUUCUGCUAUCACCAGACCUAAGUGCUAAGACUUGAAGCACAUGAGGCAUUUUAUGUUGCAUAUUUCCAGAGAUAAAACAUACAUUGUCCAUACACAAAGCUGCCAUAAAAUGCCCCAUGAACCAUUACCCUAAGGAUGUAAUAUAGCAUUCCAAUUGUUCAUGUGCAGUAAUAACACAAUUAAUCAUGUUGACGAGUACACCAUUUACAAGCCAAUGAAAUGUACUGUAUUGUAAUGUAACUGUACUGAGCACUUCCUUAGAGGCAGCCUUAUAUAGAGAAUCACUGUGCACCUUUUUGGAAUUGUCAGUCCCAUUUGCCUGUAAGAAAUUAUUAGAUUAGAUUUAGAGCCAAACAUAAUUAUAUUAUUUAUAUUAAGAUAAAGGCAUUUUACAAUGUAAGUAGAGAGUGGCCAUGUGAUAUGAAUUAAAACCUUUCAAUGUUAGCUUUAAAUGGAAACUAUUCUAUUCAAAAGAAUUAUUGUAGGCGGUGUAUUUGCUUUAAAAGAAUGCAUAGGUUAUAGUGAUGCACGGAUUAGAAAUCUUCAGACCAUCCCUAACCAGCCCCUACUCACCUGAUUCGACUCAAGUUUGAGAAAGGACAUGCAGAGGAUGCCGAGCAUGACCUUCCCUUCAGCUGAUAUCUGAUUUGGUGUCAGAGUAGGGGUGGGCACCCCCCCAGUGAUUGUAAUCACUUACAGGAGCACCAUCCUGGGGUAUAAUGUAAGGAGAAAGCCGAACAGCCCUGGGUAGCUGCAAUAGAGUGAUCCUCUUCCUUCUCUAGUGUAUUUUUGGAAUCCCAGGGCCGGCGCAUACACUGUGGAGUAAAAGAAGAGAGGAGAAAGAAGAGGAUCACUCUCUCACAACUACCCCAGGCUGGUGUGGUUUUCUCCUAACAGGAGCAUUAACCCAGGGCCUGACAGGACCACCAGGUAUAAGAUAAGCGAUUACAAUCACUGGGGGGGGGGGAGUGCCUAACAAUUUGGCACUCCCAGUGAUUGUACCUUUUCUUCUCCUAUAAGAGUUAAGUUAUAGGGGGCCCAGCCAUAGGGAACAAAUUAAAAGUUCUCUGCAUUGCAGUGAUAGCCCAUUUUGCAACCCGAACCUGUCCUGAUUUUUGGGCCAGUCCAUGCCUCUCUGAUAAGUUUAGCAAGGAAAAUUUCCCCACAGCACAUUUACACAAUAUUACAGAGAAUAUUACAGAAUUCUGUACAGCAGUAUUCACUGAAGGUAAUGUGACUGGUAAUUUCUAAGAAUAAUCUGGUUGGAAAUUCUGGUUGAAUGCGUCUGACUGAAUCUAAUGAGUUUAUGAUGUAUUGGUCCUUAUAAGUUGUUAUUGACCAGAUAGAGCUUCCCCAAGCAACCUUGUUGAUUUGACUGACUUCUAGCAGAUGGGAUCUACAACUUAGCCAAUAUGGUUGUUGCCCAACUGAACAGUGAUCCAAACUAUCAGGCGUUGCGUGAAAUAGACAGAUUAUCUGUAUAGUUAACCAUAAAGACCACUCUAGCUGUUACAGAACAAAGCUUCUGUAACAGCUUCUACAGAACAAGUUUUUCCCAACCAAGGGGAAAGUACAAUGUUAUUUUUGCAUUACUGCUCUAUCUGCCCUCUGCCUUUUGGAAAUAGGUUUUUGAAUUGGGCUUUGGUGAUCGAUAUAGUUAAUAGUGUAUAGGAACAAUGUUAUUAAGGAUGGACUAAUCAGAAAAUCCAUGCUACCAAAUAUAGGAACUCCAUUGUUGAGGUGUCAUUAUUUACUAUGCGGGACAAAUAAGAACCAGUGUGGGAAACCAUAGCAUCUACCUGUAGUAGAUAGAUCAUAGUAGUUGGUAGCUGUGGGUUAUGGCAGAGAUCCCAGACUUUAAUACCACAGUCAAAUGUAGAAAGAGGGGAGACGCACAAGCUUUAAAGGAGUUUCUGGGGGUUGGCAAAUUAGGGCAUUUAUUAGCCCCAUGUGGACUGCCAGUGUGGAGAAGGAACAAUUGUGUCUUUAUGCCUCCAUGCCAGGAAUUCAAAAGAAGCUCUUGCUUUUGAGGCCAUAUAAAAAGGGGGUGGUGAGUGAAAGUUGCUUGGGAGCUAGUACCUGGGGAUCACUGGGCUCGAAAUAAAUGGUGUUUUCCAGUCCAUUUAACUAUCUUUAGCCUAAAAUGUACUCUUUAGUGUUUAGCCAUGACAAGGCGCCAUCCAUAACAGAAACAGGAUAUCACUGAGAGAAAUUGCACUUUAUUUUAUUUAAUCUUUAGCAGAAGAUUGGGCUAUUUCCAGUUAAAGCCAAAGUAUUUCUUAGUGGCAUGAAUGGCAUAUUUUGGCCUUGGGUCCACCUCUGCCCAGCAGGCCUAUAUGAGCACAGACUGUUUUUGUACUUGUAUAUGCCACAUUAAAGUUUGAAAUUGUUACAGCCUUUUCAGUUUUUUUAAAAACAAGUUUUUUUGCUUCUUUUAAAUUCCUCACCUUAUUCCAUGAAAUACACAUGUGGUAGUCGUUUAAUGCUAACUAGAAUUUUAUAGCUUCUACUGGGCAUUCUGUAGGUUUUGUAUGUUUCAUUUAUAUAUAUAUUCAUAACCGCAAACUACAAAAUAGCCUAAAAUUGCUGACUUAAGAUAUUUUUAAAGGGGUUGUUCACUUUUAAAUGAACUUUUAGUAUAACAUAGACAUAGUUAUUUAGAUUUUUGUUCAGCAGCUAUCUGGUUGCCUAGGGUCUUGUUUACCUUAGCAACUAGGCAGCAGUUUGAAUGAGAGACAGGAAUAUGAAUAGGAGAGGGUCUGAAUAGAAAGAUAAGAAAUAAAAGGUAUCGAUAAGCUCACAGAAGAAUAGUUUCUUUUUGCUUCUGGGGUCAGUGACCCCCAUUUGCAAGCUGGAAAGUUGUAGUAAAGGAAAGCAAACAAUUUAAAAUGUAUUACAAAUAAAUAAUGAAGACCAGUUGCAGAGUUGCUAGCAAUAGAGCAUUCUAUAAUAUACUAAAAAUUAACUUAAGGGUAAACCACCCCUUUUGUGACAAUAGCAACCCUAUACAUUCUAUCUGUAUAUAUUUCUUAAAGAAUUUACUGCCAUUACGAAAAUUUGAGACCUUUGCACUAUAAGGUGCUCUUUGUUUAGAUGAGGGUUUUAUGCAGCACUUAAAUUUGUGUUUGCUCAUGUGCCUUCUGUUCACUACAGUUUGGGCAGCUUUGCCAAAGCAAUGAAAUGAUGUAGGGCUUUCUCCCAUCGGACACUAUACUAAACAUGGAACCUUUAGAAGGCAGUUGAUGAGCAAAUAUAGUGGCAAUUUGUUAUGUUUGAUGCUUGUUUAAUAGUACAGUGUCAGUACGACUGCUUAUGUACCAUAGUAUGUAAAAUCCAUGGCACUGGCUGUAUAUGUGCCAUAGAUAUGUUUGCAUUCCUUUCUAGGCUAUAUGCAAAAUGUGCUAUUGCUUUUUUUGGCUUAAAUUAUAGCCCCUCACCUAGUCCUGUAGUAUAUAUGGUGGUCAGACUGUCCCUUCUCUGGAUCUGAUAGGCUGAAUAUAUUGCUUAAGGUGGUCAUACACAUUACAAUUACGAUUGGUCGCAGGGAGGAUCGUUCUUAUCCUCCACUAACGGUCAGAGCUGAAUCCUCAGAUAUGGAGGUAGAAACAAUGGGAAUUCUACCCCAAUCUGACGAUUCAGCCCUAAACGCUUGCCUUUGCUCAGGCGCCUGAUCGAUGAGAUGGCCGAUAUCCAAGGCUUUUGCGAUAAUGGCCGCCUUGUCAAUCCAUCAUACAUGCACCGAAUAUCAUAUGAAACCUUGUUUGCUAUGGUAUCAGUGCUUGUAUGGCCAGCUUUACACAGUUCUCCAGCCCAUCAGGUGUUCGCUCUGCCCUCCCAGCUUGGUGUGACUUUUGCUCUUAGUGCCAGUAAAAGACUGUCAGAGUUGGCAUAGCUAUGUACUAUGGGACUGAGGUUUUGAAAAAGAACAAAGCUGAGCAUGCAUUAAAAAAAAAAAAAGACUGUAUCUCUUUAAAGCUUCGUUAGAGGAGGGGGUGGUGAUGGAACAUUCUUGUAAAUACUCCGUGUAAACUGACUAUUCCAAAAUGUGUUUUUCCAUUGUGUAUUCAUUAAAGCUCACAGGGAUUGUGUGUGAUUGAAAACAAAGAGAUUUCAUGUUCAUCUUUACACCCUGGUGGCACAAACCAUAUGCAAUAAAACUGAAUGCUAAAUUCCAAAGCCGAGCUAUCGGAAGUACGUGGUCAUGUUUCCGGACCAAGGAGUUAUGUCUUACUAUUGCUGCUUAUUUUUCACUUCUAUGCAAUUUAUUUUUAAUAAAGGCAAAUGCAACCA